AUGGCGUUCUUUUUCCAAAUUGCGAAGUUUCAAAGCAACUCAAACAGUGGUAAUAAAAAUGGGUUAUACGGGAAAGGAGCAAAGAAGAAACUCCAUGUUGACUCAUUGGUUAUAAUGGAGGUGCAACAUAUUCCAGAUUCGUUUGAAUCAGUGCAUCAAUAUCUUGGAACUUAUCUCUUUCCUUUGUUAGAAGAAACUAGAGCAGAACUGUCUUUAAGUUUGAAGGCAAUUCAUAAAGCACCUUUUGCUCGACUGGUCUCUAUUGAGGAGCCAAAAUCUGGUGGCAAAUUGUUACUAGAUGUCAGUGUUGAUUCUUGGAGAAAUACAACAAAAAAUGGUGGGAAGGAGUCUUACAGAACAUUGCCUGGCGAUAUCUUUCUCAUACUGGAUGAAAAGCCGAAUGCGGAAACUGUUAUGAGUUUGCAAUGCUCAACAAGAACCUGGGCUUUUGCUUGGGCUAAACAGAACCCUGAAAAUGGAUACUCUGCUCAUCUGAAACUAAAUUUCUCCAAAAACAUCAGUGGUGAACAUGACAUGCAGAAAGAAUUCUUUAUUGUUUUUCUGAUGAGUAUCACAACCAACUUGAGAAUAUGGAACUCAUUACACUCUUCUGAAGAUGCAAAGAUUAUCGAGCACGUACUUAGCAAAAAAUUAAUGGGUGACGAAAUCUGUGAUAGAUGCUCUUUGUAUAAUAAUGCUGUCUGUGCUGAAAAAUUGGGAACAAGCUUAUCUUCUGUGUUGAAUGAUUCUCAAAGUGCAGCAGUGCUGUGUUCUAUCUGCAAGACACUUUGUGACCAUAUGCCUUCCGUGGAGCUUAUAUGGGGUCCGCCUGGUACAGGAAAAACUAAAACUAUUAGUUUCUUGUUGUGUAAAAUUCUGGAAAUGAAUCAAAGGGUUCUUGCCUGUGCCCCAACAAAUGUUGCUAUUACAGAAUUGGCAGCUAGAGUUGUACAGUUGCUAAGAGAAUCAUCCAAAGCAAAAGGUGUGUUAUGCUCUUUAGGCGACAUGCUCUUGUUUGGGAAUAAGGAUCGGCUGAAAGUUGGUUCUGAACUUGAAGAAAUAUAUUUAGAUUACCGUGUUGACAGGCUUGUAGAGUGUUUUGGACAAGCUGGUUGGAAAUAUCAUACAACUUGUUUCAUAAAUCUUUUUGAAAGUAGCAAUUCUGAGUAUCUCAUAUUGUUGAAGUCUAAUGUACAAACAAGCCCUUCAUUCCUCGGAUUCAUAAGAGAAAAGUUCAAAUCUACUUCUUCAGCACUCCGUGGAUGCCUCAAAACCUUGAUAACACACAUUCCCAAACAAUUCAUUCUGGAGCAUAAUAUUCAGAAUAUAGAGAUCCUUCUAAACUUGAUUGAUUCAUUUGGAAUGCUUUUAUCCCAGGACAAUGUAACCUCUGAGCAAAUGAAGAUGCUUUUGUCAAGUCCAGAAGUAUUUAUUGAUUUUCCAAAUUCUUCUGUGGCAGAAACCAUUUUAUAUUUCAGGAGCCAGUGCCUCUCAAGUUUAAGAACUCUUCAGGCUUCCCUGAAUCAACUUCAGUUUCCAAGUACAGCGAAUAGAGAAUCCGUGAAGAAGUUCUGUUUCCAGAGGGCUUCUCUGAUUCUUUGCACUGCUUCCAGUUCAUUUCAACUGAACUUCAUGAAAAUGGACCCAGUGAACUUGUUAGUUAUUGAUGAAGCUGCACAGCUAAAGGAAUGUGAAUCAAUAGUACCGUUACAACUUCCUGGUAUAAAGCAUGCUAUUCUCAUUGGUGAUGAGUGCCAAUUGCCGGCAAUAGUUAGUAGCCAGGUUUGUGAUGCAGUUGGAUAUGGUAGGAGUCUUUUCGAACGACUGAGUUUAUUAGGACAUUCAAAGCACUUGCUCAACACACAAUACAGAAUGCAUCCAUCAAUAAGUUGCUUUCCAAAUUCCAAAUUUUACAGCAACCAAAUUCUAGAUGCUCCUCUUGUGAUGGCUGAAGUACACAAGAAGUGUUAUAUUCCAAGUCCAAUGUUUGGUCCGUAUUCUUUCAUAAAUGUUUCUGUUGGGAAAGAAGAAGGGGAUGAUGAUGGAUAUAGCAAGAAGAAUACGGUUGAGGUAGCUGUAGUGAUUAAAAUAAUUGAAAAGCUAUACAAAGGUAUGUUGAUGCAAAUGAGAGAUAAAGUGCAUUUGGGAUUGCUUUUUAAGGGUUUACAGUUGGAUUUUAUUUUAUACAAUUUCUCUUGCUUUCACUCAUUAAUGAUGUGGCUUUCUUUCAUACGGAAAAAUGUAUAUGCAGCCUGGAGGGGUGCCAAGACAAGACUCAACGUUGGUGUAAUAUCUUUCUAUGCUGCACAAGUUUCAGAAAUUCAGAGCAGACUUGCACAUAAAUAUGAGAAGAGUCAUAAUUUCACUGUAAAAGUGAAGUCUGUGGAUGGUUUUCAAGGUGGUGAGGAGGAUGUGAUCAUAUUAACCACUGUCAGAUCCAACAGGAGAAAAAAUAUUGGGUUCAUCUCUAGUUCACAGAGAAUCAAUGUUGCUUUGACAAGAGCUAGGCACUGUCUUUGGAUUGUUGGAGAUGCAACAACAUUAGGCAAUAGUAAUUCUGAAUGGGAAGCUGUAGUUUCUGAUGCCAAGGAUCGUCAGUGUUAUUUUAAUGCUGCGGAAGACAAAGACUUCGCAGAUGCUAUAAUAGAGGUCAAGAAAGUGCUUCUUGAGCUUGAUGAUUUACUCAACAAGGAUAGCGUACUGUUUACAAUGGCUCAGUGGAAGGUUCUUCUAAGUGAUUCUUUUAGGGCAUCCUUUCAGAAUGUGGUUUCAAUCAACCAAAAGAAAUUAAUUAUUGUCCUUUUGCUGAGGCUCUCAUGUGGCUGGCGUCCAGGGACAGACUAUGUCCCCAAUCUCAAAUGUUCUAACAUUAUAAAAUGCUUUAAAGCUGAAGGUCUGUUCAUCAUAUACUCAUUGUAUAUUGAGAAGGAUUUAAAGUACAAACAAAUUCUUAAGAUAUGGGAUAUCAAACCUUUGACGGAUGUAAAAGUACUUGUUGAGUGUCUUUCCGACAUACAUGAGCUGUAUACUGAUGACUUCCUGAAUCUAUGUAAAGCAAAGUCUCAUAAAGGGGAUCUUGAGCUUCCAAUCACAUGGAGUGCUUCUCCUGAUAUUGUUGUUUAUAAAGAUUACAUGAAAGCUGAGCUAAAUGCCAUAUUAAGUUUGCAAGGUGACAGUGAUGACACCCAGGAUAUAACUUUGAAAAAAAAAUUGCUGCAGAUGAGGUUUCAAUCUUUAUCCUAUCAAAAAGCAAAGCACUUGCUCUCGGGCCGUGACAGUAAAGAAUUGGAUCUCCCAUGUCAAGUCGAAGAUGUUGAAUUAGAGAUAAUUUUGGUUCCUACCAAUGCUUUCAUAAUGGGAAGGCCCGGUUCUGGGAAAACUGCAGCUAUGACAGUAAAGCUUUUUAUGAGAGAACAGCAGCAGUAUAUCCAUCCUACGGGAUGUAGUCUGGUUACACGAGAGAAUGCAGAAGUAUGUUAUAGAAAUGAGGGUGGUGAGGAAUGCAAAAAGACAGAGAGAACUGUCCUGCGACAGCUGUUCAUCACAGUCACUCUUAAACAGUGCCUCUAUGUAAAAGAGCGCCUUGCAUACUUGAAAAGAAUUUCCAAUGGUGGGAACGUUUUUAAAGAGACCCAAAAUUUGUGUAAAGCUGAUGUGCUCGAUAUGAAUGAUGUUCAAGAUCUCUUGGAUGUUCCAAAUAGCUUUGAUGGUAUUCCAGCCAACUCAUUUCCUCUAGUGAUAACAUUUAGAAAGUUUUUGAUAAUGCUUGAUAGAACUGUGGGAGAUUCAUACUUUAUUAGAUUUCAGAAACAAUGGAGACUUAGUGGUGGCAAGCCCAAAGAUUCAUUAUCAAGAGCUGCCUAUAAUUUUAUAGUAUCAAAGGAAGUAACUGUUAAAAACUUUGCUUCAUCGUACUGGUCCUACUUCGAUAGCUGUCUAACCUACAAGCUUGAUGCUGUUGUGGUUUUCAAUGAAAUCAUUUCCCAGAUAAAAGGUGGAUUAGGAGCAAAGGAUGCUCUUGAUGGUAAACUUAGUAAGCUAGAUUAUACUCGACUUUCAAAGGGUCAGUCCACAUUAAGCAGAAAGCAAAGAGAAAGAAUUUAUGAUAUAUUUUUAGAUUAUGAAAAGAUGAAAAACGCAAAAGGGGAAUAUGAUUUGGCUGAUCUAGUCAUUGACCUUCAUCGUCGAUUGAAAGUUUUUCGGUAUACAGGCGAUCACAUGGAUUUUGUUUAUGUGGAUGAAGUACAAGCUCUUACUAUGAUGCAAAUUACUCUUUUAAAAUACCUGUGUAAAAAUGUCAAUUCAGGCUUUGUUUUUUCAAGUAAUACAACUCAAACUAUUGCCAAGGGUAUUGACUUCAGGUUCCAGGACAUAAGAUUUUUGUUCUACAAGGAAUUCAUAUCAGGAGUUAAAACUGAUGAAAAAGGCAUUGAUGCAGGGUUAAUAAAAAUCCCGGACAUUCUUCACAUAAAUCAGAAUUGUCGUACACAACCCAAAAUUCUCCAAUUAGCUAAUAGCGUUACAGAUCUUCUUUUCCGCUUCUUUCCACGAUGUAUUGAUAUAGUGUGCCCUGAAACAAGUGAAAUGAGUUCAACUGAUUUUGAAACCCCAGUUCUUCUUGAAAGUAGGAAAGGCCAAAAUAUGAUGAUGGUUUUAUUUGAAGAGGGGAGAAAUAUACCUGCAGACGCUCGUGGAUAUGGAGCAAAACAGGUCAUUUUGGUUCGAGAUGAGUGUGCCAGGGAUGAGAUCUCUAGUCUUGUGGGAAAUCAAGCCAUUAUCGUUACAAUUAUGGAGUGUCAAUGCAUGGAAUUUCAGGAUGUUCUGUUGUACAAAUUUUUCAACUCAUCGCCUCUGGGAAAUCAGUGGAGAGUCAUAUAUCAAUAUAUGAUUGAGCAAGACAUGCUUGAAAUUGCUCCCGGUGGUUCUCCAAGCUUCAAUCAGCCAGUACAACUGGACUUAUGUUGGGAAUUAAAGCUACUCCAUAUAGCACUUACACGUUCAAGGAGAAGAUUAUGGAUUUAUGAAGACAACCAGGAGUUUUCCAAUCCGAUCGUUGACUAUUGGAAAAAACUGUGUUAUGUUCAAGUAAAGACACUGGAUUACUCAAUCGUACAAACAAUGAAGGUCCCAAGCACGAAAGAGGAGUGGAGCUCACUGGGGCUUGAGUUCUUUUCAGAGGGUGUUUAUGGGGCAGCAUCUUUGUGUUUUGAAAGGGCUGAAGACAGACGUAGAAGUGAAUGGGCCAGGGCUGCUUCUUUUUGUGCAACUGCAAAUCCUCAAAUAUCUCGUAAUGCCCUUCGAGAAGCUGCUGAAAUUUAUAUUUCUUUGGAUCGUGCUGAGAUUGCUGCCAAGUGCUACAUUGAGUUAAAAGAAUAUAAAACAGCAGCUUAUACAUAUUUAACAAAAUGUGGGGAAGCAAGGUUAGAGGAUGCUGGUGAUUGUUAUAUGUUGGCUAAAUGCUACAAAUUAGCAGCCGUGGCAUAUUCAAUGGGCAGAUGUUUCUUGAAAUUCUUUGAUGUCUGCACUGCGGCAAAUCUUUUCGACACGGGGUUGCAAGGGAUCUGCAGCUGGAGGAAAUAUGAUAAUGUUGAUCUCAUUAAGAAAUGCAAACAUAUCAAAGAGGCGUGGCAUUUGUUUCUGUGGAAAGGUGCCCUUCACUAUCACCAGCUUCAAAAUUUUGGUUCCAUGAUGAGAUUUGUCGAAUCCUUCGACUCCAUUGAUGAAAAAUAUUUAUUCCUCGGGACUUUGGGUCUCUCUGAGAAUAAAAUGUUGCAAGAGGAAGAACUAACCAUAUCCGAAAAUGAAGGGUUUCAUUCACCAGGGUUGCAUCUUCAACCAAAGCUUGUAUCAGUCUCAGUACACAAGGAAACAUCUCAAAAUGAUACAAAGACUAAGGGUAAGAUGAAAGUUGCUAAUAACAUAUCAACAGCUAAAGGGUCUUCGCGUGGUUCAAAGUUUCAACCUAAACUCAAGUCAGUAUGGAAGGAAACGACAUUCCAAAAUGAUACCAAGUCAAAGGAAAGGAUGAAAGUGGCUGAUGACAUGUUUUCACUAGGAUUGCAGUUUCAAUCUAAGCUUGAGUUCAAAACAGUAGCACAGAUUGAUACCACGAUAAGGGGUAAGAUGAAAGUUGCUGAAAACAUGUCAACAACUAAAGGGUCUUCCCAAGGAUUGAAGUUUCAAUCUAAGAUAAAGUCAGUAUGGAAGGAAACAACAUCCCAAUAUAAUACAAUGACAAAGGAGGUGGAACUGGCUGAUAACUUGUCUACAGCUGAAGAGCCUUUGCAAGGAUUGCAGUUUCAAUGUAAGCUUGAGUUUGAAACAAUAUCACAAAAUGAUACGACGACAAGGGAUAGUAUGGAAGUUUCUGAGGACAUGUCAAUAGUAAAUGGGUCUUCAAAAGAGUUGAAGUUUCAACCUAAGCUCAAGUCAAUAUGGAAGGAAACACAAUCCCGAAAUGGUACAAAGACAACGGAUAAGAUGAAACUGGCUAAUAGCAUUAGCAUGUCUAUAGCAAAUGAGUCUUCACAAGGAUUGCAGUUUAAAUCCAAGCUCAAGACGAAAACAGUAUCUAAAAAUGAUACGGAGAAAAAGGAUAAGAUCCAAGUUGCUGAAAUCAUGUCAACAAGUGAAUGGUCUUCACAUGGAUUGCAGUUUCAAUCAAAUCAGGAGUCACUGUGCAUGGAGAAAACAUCUCAAAAUGAUUCGAAGAUUGAGGAUAAUCUGACAGUUGCCCCUUUCAUCUCAUCCCCUAAAGACACAUCAUACAAGUUGCAAUUUAAGCCAAAGUCUGUGUAUGCCAAAGAGGUAAUUGCAGCACAAAAUGAUCUGAAGAUGGAGAAAGACGAAGUGAAUAUUGUAAACAAGGCAGAAGCUUCACAAAGGCUGCAGCAGCAAUGUAAUCAGAAGGUCAGAAAUGCACAUAAGGAAACAACAAGCUCGAUUGAUUCAAAAGCGAAGAAGGAUAAGAUGAAAAACUCUGUCAACUUGUCAGAAUUUGGAGAUUCAUCACAACAACUGCAACAGCUGCAAAUUGAACAGAAGAAGCUAAAAAACAAGAAUGUGGAUGGUGAGAAGGGUAAACAGAAAGUGACAGAUCACAAGUUCAUAGCCAAGCAGUACUGGAGAAAGGUAACCGAAAAUGGUAUGAAAUUCAAUUUUCAAAAAUGAUAUAAUGUGCAUGAAUAUGAGCAGUUUUACGCUCUACGAUUCUGUUAGCUUGUUUUUGUACAUAUGCAUGUACACAUGUGAACUUUCAUUCUGUAAUAUAAUGCAUAUAGGGCCUAUAGUUUUGAGUUUGUGAUAUUGGUGGCUUAAUAAACACUUCAGACUUGACUAUUUUUGGGUUGUUGGCAUAUCCAACAUACUAAUAUGGCCUUUUCCUUGUUAUCUUUGGCUUGGCCUCUGAAAUUUGGAUAUCAAUCCUCCUUAAUCUA